AGAGGGAGAGAGGGAGAGAGGGAGAGAGGGGGAGAGGGGGAGAGAGGGGAAGAUACAUUAACAUAGAUGACAUAGGAAGAGGAACUGAAUAGGGAAAACGAAAGACCCAGGACUGAGAGUGCAGCGCUUGUAGACAGUUUGAGACACACACAGUGAGGCUGUAGGACGAGAUCAUGUCUUUAAGGUAGAGCGGAGAUGCCUUAUCCAGUCAAUGAGACUGUGAAAUACUGCGAAACGACAUCAUGAGGGCCUUACAGAUAAUGGUUUUAUUAUGCUUCUCACUGGUCGUAGCCUCCCAAAGUACGGAUAUCCCUCUAGAAGCUGCUUUGCUGUUGCGUGGAGAACCAAUGGGAUUCAGGGCACACAUCCGCAGUGAGAGAUACGUGGAGGAUGUCUUGUGUGCUGGGGAUGAGUACAAACACCCCAGAUCUCAGCACUGCUGCAAAAAAUGUUUAAGUGGAUUCCGAAAGGUCUCUGAUUGUCCUGAAAAGGAGAAAGUCACCGAAUGUGCACCGUGCGCCGAAGGGCAAUUUACAGACAACCCCAAUUAUGCCAAGAAGUGCAAACAAUGCUCUCAGUGUGUACUAUCAUACGGGCAAAUAUUGAUAUCCAACUGUACUCGGAAUAGGAAUACGGAGUGCGGUUGCCCACACGGCCAGUAUCAGGUCAAAGUCGCAGACAAUUUCAUAUGUCAAAACUGCAGCCAAUGUGACAAUGGAAAAGAAACUAUCCCAUGCCGCGGAUAUAGCGAUACUGUGUGCGCUUGCAAAUUUGGCUUCUAUAUUGAUCACUCAGAGAACAAAUGCCAGCCGUGCAACAUGUGUACAACUACAGAUUGUCAAGAUCACUGCCCUCCAACCGAAACUAUCAAGAAUCCUGAUGAGAACAAGACUAUUACACUCUAUGUGGUUUCUGGAGCAGCAUGCAUGCUGCUUAUCGCCUUUGUGUUGGGCGCCAUUCACAUGCACAAGAAACGCACUCAGUCCAGCCCAUCACCCUGCGGCGGACUUCCACUACUCAGGAUCUUUGAUGAUUUGAAACCCCAGAAAAGCAGCAUUACUGGUAUGACCACUACACCGGAAACCUCGAUUCACUCUAUCACACAGGCACAUGGAGAAUAUGGGUUGUCAACUGUACUGAACAGUCAGAUUCUGGAUACUCAAGUGACAAUUCCGUUACUCGAGUUGCCGGACAUCACACUAUCAGCACGGGCUCAGCAGAUCCAAAGCACGGCAGAGUUUUACAGAGUCAUUGAUAGCGUGCCAGUAUUACGCUGGAAGGAAUUUGUUAGACGACUGGGCCUCAGCGACAAUAUCAUAGACACUUGCGAACACGAGAACAAGCAUCUUCGAGACGCACAGUAUGCCAUGCUCAGUAAAUGGAGCCUACAGGUUGGGCCCUCAGGAGCCACUAAAGAUGUUGUCAUUGGAGUAUUACGAGACAUGGACCUCGCAGGGUCCAUAGAAAGAAUCCUGGAGGGAUAAUAAUUGACUUAUUGAAGUUUUUUGGUUUUUUUUAAAUGUACAUUGUGCUCACAAGUCAUGUAUUUCAUUUUUGUAUCUCUCAACUUCCCCAUAGUCCAAAGGACAAAAUAGAGAAGUAUGUUUGUACAGGAACCAAAACCAACUAGGCAUAUCUCAGACUCUUGCAUUGACUCUUAUUAGGAUUAUAAAUAUUUAUACUGUUUAUACUGUAUUUUCACUAAACACACCACAAUGUAUUGCCGUGUUGGCUGAAGGUCGCAGAUCACCAUCCAGUGAUUCAAUAAGAGGACUUCCUUCUCGUGUAGAAUGAACAUUUUCUCGGUUGUUAAAACAAAAUGGCCAAUUGCAAAAUGUAAAAGUGCAAGUUUGUUUAUAUUGCUCAGGAUAAUCUACAGCACAGGGUUUUUACUGUAUAAAUUAAAAAGAAUUACACAAUGAUUUAUUCCCUGAUAUUAAUCUGCGCUGUGGUGUAACUUGAAGAAAUUACACUGUUGAGGAUUAAGGAUCUGUGAGUCUCGUUUGCGGCCAAAUGUAUAUGUUUAUGGAUGUAAUUUAUUUAAAAAAAAAAAAAAGAUUUUCAGGGUUGAGUAAUGAGAUCCAUGCAUUCCCUAUAUUUUAGAGAAAGUCAUUUACAAUACUUUAAGUUACAAUGUAAUAUUUUAUGUUUCUGAAUCACAGUUGAUAAGCUUGCCAAUCAUGCAUCAUUACUUUAUUAGAAGAUUUGUAUAUAUAAUGUACAUAAAAAAAUAUAGGGAAAGGCAAUUACAUGUACGCAAAUGCUUGUAAAUAAAGAACUAUAGUUUUACAGGAUAUAUAUAUUUUUUUUACAAGAUUCUUCUUUUAGGGUAGGCAUUUCAGUGUAGCUAGAACAGUACAUUUUGUGGGUCAUUUGUUUGCCGUCUCAGA